CUAAAAGGAACAAAAAUGAUUCGUCGCUAUGAAACGACGAUAGAGGAUUCUUUUUUUGCUUUUUUUUAUUUGGCCUAUUUGACAGGUAUAUCCCGGAAUCAAAACAAUGAUGUUCCUACCACUGAUGCCAGCGACAAUCCUAAUCUAGUGUUCUGUAUCUACUCAAACACGAUAUGCGCGAUGCUCUUUGCGCGUCAAUAGAAAAAAGGGAAUAACUUGUGUCGUGUUGAAAAUUUUCACGUUUUUACAUUUUUUAGAAAAGAAAUGUAUAGAAUUCGCUCAAACUUUCAAGAUUGUUUCCGAGGCCCGGAGGGCCGAGUCUUAUAGACCAAUCGACUCAGCUCGACGAUUUGGGACAAUGUCCGUGUGUGUCUGUGUAUGUGUGUGUAUGUAACGGACAAACUCACUCGUGUUUCUCAGCAAUGGCUGAACCGAUCUUAUCCAAACCAAUUUUAAAUGAAAAGCCUAUAGCCCAGACAGAACGCUAUUAAAUAAUUUUUGAUUCUUUAGUUUAGUUUGCAAGAUAUGAAUGUUUGGUUUUUAUUUAUUUAUUUACUGGUCUUCGAGUUCCUUAAUUAAUAUUAAUAAUAUUAUAGAGUUCCUUAAUUAAUAUUAAUUAUAUGUUUAAAGGUAGUCUUAGUAAUGCUAAAAUCAUAUUUGUCAGCUACAUUAUUAAAAUUACGACAGCAUACAUUGAACGCAUUGUUUUGAGAAAAAAGAGUACGAUACAUCGGUAACCGAAAGAAACCAGUUCGUCUGGUGGGUCUAGGCGGUACGUUGAAUCGGAGCUGGUUCAGCAACUCCGGGCUGUCUAUAUUGUUUCACAGAAGAUCAAACACGAAGCAUUAUCCUCCGACUUGCAAGAGUCGGCAAACGUAGAAGAUUGCAUCGAUGUUCAUAGGGCGGUAGACGAAUAGGAUCAGUCCAAGGUAGUAACCGCAGAGCGUAACGAACAAAGUGACGCUGAAUUCGUUCGACGCGGUUGAUUUGUACAGCAUGAUAGGGUGCCCUCACAAGUACACCGUACUCGAGAAUGCUACGUACAAGUGCGCAGAAGAGCGAUUUUAGGCAGUAUACAUCGUUGAAUUGUUGCGUGUUUCUUUUGAUGAACCCCAAUACGGCAUAUGCUUUGGUUGUUGACAUUGUAAUGUGCUGCGCGAAACUCAAUUUGCUAUCGAGAAGAAUGCCUAGAUCCGUAACUGUGUUUACACGGUUGAUAAUGCUUGUUGACAUUCUAUAAUCAAACGUUGUUAAGUGCCUGUUACGACAGAACGAGAUCACAUUACACUUUUGUACGUUUACUUCCAUCCCAUUUAGUGUGCACCAAUUUAGCAGCGAAUCGAUAUCGGCUUGGAUGGCACAGCAAUCGACUGCCGAAGCAAUUAGGGGAAUUGGGGGUAAGACGGACAUGUUAAGGUUAUACUCAAAUAAAACAUAGUAAAAUCAUGUUUUUGUCAACAUGAAGUACACUAUGUUGUAGCUCCAUAUGUUGGAUUUCGAGUGCCCAGAGGGAUUAUGUUACAAAAAUCAACAAGCAUCUUUUUUGAAAGAAAUAGAAAACAAAGAAAUAUCUGAACUUUUUCCAGACUGCGGGUGAAACGGACAUAUGGUGGGGGUAAGACGGACAUGUCGCCGAAAGGAUGAUCACAAUACAAAAUAUUAAAAUUUACUGUUUCUAACGGAUGUUUUGGAUAGUUUGUGGUUCUUCUUAAUAUAUAUGUUCAAUUCGAGGUGAAAAAUAACGUUUUGGGGUUCAAAUUAAAGUUGAUGCAAAUGAUAUAUUUUCUAAUAUCGUUUUUUCCGUUGUCAUAAAGAGAGCUAUACAAUCACUUCCAAUGAUCAGACAAAUCAUUUAUACAAAACUGGAAAGUUACAUAUUAAAUACGCAAUUGGUAACAUCAGUUCUUCGAUUACACAUAGCCAGAAUAUGGGACCUGCACAAAGUAUUCUACCUUUUCCAGGUCCUAUGAAUUCCGUAUUCAGCCUCGGUCACAUUAACGUACAUCUUGCGGUCUACUACAUGUGAGACUUCAGCUAACUGGAUGGUUCUCCACGUUUGACUGCUAGAAUUUCGUUUCUACACGCGAGACAUUCAUAUAAGGAUGAAUCAAUAGAAUUAAUCAAGACUGGCCGUCUUGCCCCACCAGUACACAUAUUUUUUAAACGCUUGCACUUAUUUACUCGUAUAAGAACUUACCUGUUAUUUUCCUUGAAGAUGUCAUUUAAGAGAUACAUUAUAGAAAUAAAAGAAAAAAUCCGCUAAAAAGUUGAUUUUUUCCUCGACAAACUUUAAAAUCAGAGACGUAAAAAUUACAUCCGCACGAAGAUGCACUACUGAUUAUCAAUGUUUACUUACAUUUUUCGCUUUUAACAAUAUUCAAGGCCUACUGAGUGCUUCAUAAUUCAAGGAUAUCAAUGAAGAGAGAGUACUCAUAUAAUUCAAUUUAACUUUACAUGUUAUAUGCCUAAAAUAACCAUGUGUCCGUCUUACCCAACCUGUCCGCCUUACCCACAGUUCCCCUACACGAAAGAAUUUCAGAUUUUCCGCGAACAUGUACAUGGUCGAUUUUAAGCAGUGGUAACGGUGGCUCCAACAAUUCCACACAACUAUUAUCGCUAACAAACGCUAAGUCGAGCAGUCUUCCAUUCACGUUCACUUUAUCGUUAAUUUGAAACACUACGUUGGUUAAAACAGACUCGACCAGAGAUAUUUCCUGUUCCGACGAAGCAUUCAAUGAAUGUUUGAGGGUGCAAAAAUCGCGUUUUUUUUUUAAUUUGCUGCCGAAAUUGCCGACAUAACCAAACAAUUUAUAUAUUUUUAGGAAGCUUUUACGAAUACCUUUCGAAUAUAUAGAUUGUUGAAAUCGGACUAUUAUCAAAAGAGAUAUUUAACAUUAAAUGCGGACAAAAGAUUUUUAUCAUAUCACAUAGCCAGAAAUAAGACCAAAAACAUUCAAUGUAUUAUUAGUGCCAAAACGGAUAAUUUUAGGUCAAUAGUAUCUUUGGAGAAUUUAAAGCAUACAAUAUGCCCUUUCUUUUGGUAUUGUGUGAGUAAGAGUAAGAUAUUUUCGUGAAUUUUCUUGGAAGAGAUUGUAUUGAAAUAAUGCCUUCAGAAAAUUUGUAGCUCUUACUUUUGCGAAUAACUUUACUGAAGACAUCAAAUACAUAUUGCGAAUACUUUAAAAGUUAUGGCUUGUGGAUUAUUUAUUUAUUGUUCAAUAUAGUUAUAAUCCAUUUGAAUGAGCCCAAUAUUAUUUCGAUAAAUCGAAUUUCGUAUUUCAUUUUUCUAUCUACAACCGCUAGAAUAACCACCGAACAAUUCCAAGUUGUCUAAAUGGAACUUGAUCACUUAUCGGUGCAAAAAAUUUCAUUUACGCGAACCUUCUGACUUGUAACCAUCGGAUCGAUCUGAAACAUAUCUCGGAAAAUGAAAAGCGAAAUGAAUAACUCCAAGCAGUGGUGUAGCCAAGAGGAUGCUUUGAGGAUUAAACAACACCCCCCCUUCACACAAAAAAAUAAUUGGAUUGAAGUUAAAAAUUUAUUGAUGCAGACUGAUUUAAUUCAAUAUUACAAUGAUAAUUAUCUGAUCAGUAGAUUGAUAACCCAUUGUUUGAAACAUCAUGGGGACCUUUGAAAAAAAUGUGGGAGUGCGAUCCUGAUCUGUAACUGAUCUAUUGGUCUUGAGCUCAAUGUUGUCUAAUAACAUCAAUAUCAAAUACUUGCCUAAAACAUUCCAAUAGAAACUCAUUCCAGAGUUCUGAGUUCAACCAUAUUCAUAAACAUAGUUUGAAGGGGUGUACUGUAAUAUGGAUUGGGGUCUUUUUAAUAGGAAUCGAACCUGGAAUUGCUGGAACUGCUCACCGAAAAAUUGCAUAACUUCCAAGAUCAACAAAUAAAAAUGGAAUAGUACAUGAAACCCAGCGGUAGGUUUCUAAAUUAUCAUUCUAAUCAUCCACAACAUCAAAAGUUAAAUAUGGCUAAAAGCUAUGUUAGCCGUGUAAACCGUUUAUCGACCAACUUAAACACAUCACAAAAAGCUGCAAUAAUUGAACAACAACUAAGCCUUAGCGACUACCCUAAGAGUCUACGCCGCAGACUCAUAAAUCACAAGGAUGAACACAGCGUUACACCAGCAAACCAAGCAUCCGAUAUUCCGCAGCAUACCUACCGUUCUUUUGCAUACACAGGGGCGGCGAAAAACUUUACGCCCGAGUGGGUAGAAAACAUAGGGUAAGGGGUCCAUUAGUAACGAUUUUUCCCUUUUCGCAAUGCACACGCUUACAUUACAUUCACAUUAAAUGACGUUCGUUUAUGCAAAUGGUACAUCGAUGUUUUCAAAUGUGUGUAGUGCGAGAUACAUGCGUUGAGCGUCUAAUUUUUUAAAAUGGUUCAAAAUUUCGAGUGGGUAAUUACCCACUCGGUUAUUUUCGGUAUGGGUAGUACUACCCAUACUACCCACGCUUUCCGCCGGCCCUGUGCAUACAUACCACAGCUGACCAGCAAAACCGAUAAAAACCUGAAAGAAGAAUACCCGAACAUACGACUAGCAACAUACAACAUCAAUACAGUGGGACUUUCAUUCUCCAAAAUCAAUGACACCAUUGUCGUGUCCGGAUGUCCCAAAUGCUGAACUUACUCGUUCAAAGUCAAUCACACAACUGACCAGCGUUGCCAACAUUUUUUUCAAAAAAAACUGGAACAUUUCUUGAAAAAAAACACUGGAUGCUUGAAAAAACCUACUUUACUCUAGUAAUAUUUAAGUCAACGUUUUUUUCAUAUUGUUAAAAAAAUAUUAAAACGGUAGAAUUUGAUUGUUAUUCUAAUAGUUAGUCUAAAUUUACUGUUUUGAAGGUUUAAAUCUACACAUCAACAAAAUCCUUAAUUUAAGAACAUUUGCUAAACAUGAGGAUGCGCUCAAACCUUGCUUUAGAUACCACUAUAGCAACUAGCUGAGAAUUCAACAAAUCUUCAUCAAAAUCUUUGACACAAUGUACUGCCACCUUUAUGUUUGAGUAAAAUUCAUUUGAAAUCAAAUCAAAAUGUACAUUUGCGAACCGUUUUACUCACACGUGGUAUAAAAAGGUUCAGGUUACGGUGGAUCAAAAUCUUAUUCUGGGGCACUAGGCAUCAUCCUACAGCUUGCUUGAAAAUUCUAUGAAUCAAGUUACAAUUUGUGAGAAAAAGAAACUAAAUAAAUGAUUAUUUAAAAAAAAACUGGAUAAAACUGGCUCAAAUUUUAAAAAACUGGAAGAUUUUUCCGAUUGUCUGUUGGACUGGAUGUUGUAAUAAAACUGGAAGAAUCCAGUUUAAACUGGAAGGUUGGCAUCGCUGCAACUGACGAGCUUCAUUCACCUCGCUUCAUUAUAUCUGUCUCCGACCUAUUCUCUCCACUCAUUCAGUUUCAACUUUAUUUUCGAUCUCUCAUUCUCUCCCUCUCAAUCUCUGCUUUCAUUUUAUUUAUGUAUCAUUUAUAUAUUUUCUGUCGGGCUCUGUCUCAAUCCCUACAUCCUCCUUUACCUCUAUUCUAAUUUUGUACAUGCGAACGGAAUUGUGAGUUCAAUUUAGUUCUUUGAUACGCUCAAACACAUACUUAAUUUACAAAAUUCAUCAAUUGGACACCUUAGCUCGAGAUCGGUACAACCAAGUAUAAGUAAGCUAUUAAUUUACACUGCUACUCAUAGUGUCAUACAAACGAUUUUAGCAUGCCAAACAUAUGUGGGGUAGGCAUCAGUGCUUUACUUUAAAAAUCUUUCAUUUCUACUUAACAGAAUCUGUAACAACAAAAUAUAAACAAAUCUAUGAAUAUGUAGACAAAUUUGUACCUUCAUAGAUAAUUCUGUACCUAUGACAAAACUGGAGCCAACAUCUUAUGCACUCUGGUGAAACGAGAAAGCGAUAGCGAUUUCAUAUUUUCUCACUUUAUUCGCCCGGUCAUGUGCCACAAAAUGUUACACGUACCAACGACCAUGUGUAAAGGAAACAUAAACAAUGCCAGUAUGUCUGCCUGGAGAGGCAACGCGAAUGAAAUAUCGCUAUACUGCAUGGAUGCAUCUCGAGAUCCAUCAUCUCUGAGAACGCGACAUGCCGAGUGUUCAAUUAAUCGGUGUCGAAGCCCAAGCAAGCACCUUUGCAAAACGAAAUGGCGAUAUCGUGUUAAUUUUUUUUCUUCUUCCGCGCACCACGUGUGAAAAAAAACAGAAACAGUGCCAACGUGCCUGCCUCCGAGAGAUAACUCGAACUCCAACUCGUUUUUUCACAAAUACCGUCUUCCAUUUCUUUCGUUCUGAGAACACUACACCCGCGUAUUCAAUCCAUCCGUUGACGAAAGUUUCGGAAACCCAACCCCAGCAAGACUUUCGCAAAAUAAAAUGGCGAUAGGGAUUACAUUUUCUUUCCUUCUUCCGUGCGCCGCCUUAAAUAAGAUAAAAAAUCGAAAACAUUCCAACAUGCUUGCCCGGAGAGCAAUAGACCUUUCUCGUCAAAAAUUUAUAUAUGAUAGGAUGCUUCAUUUUUUAUCCCCGAUUCGUUACUGCCUAUUGCCGCGAUGAUUUGGUACCUGUAACUAUUGAAAAAAUCAAAAAUAGUGCAAGCUGCUCAUUUAACCCCAUAUUCUGAAUACCUAUCUUGCCUUGUUUCCCCGUAUUUUUACACCAUUUGGAUGAAUUUCCUGUGGGGAAUACUAAAAGGAUUCCAGAUCUGCAUAUAAAUUAGUAAAUCUGCAGAUUUUGCAUUUUUACUGCAGAUCUUUUGCAGAUUACAAAUAUUUAGCAGAACAAAGCCUAUGCCAGCCAAUUUAUACACCAGCCUUCAACAUUUUUGAUCAUUUAAAUUAUAUACAUACUACAUUUCUACGUCAAAUUUAUUGAAGAUUUUUGUAGCAAUCUGCAGACUUUUAUAUUUUUACUGCAGGCUAUUGUUUAAAUAGACCUGGCAUCACUGAUGCUGAAAUGAUUCAUUCAUAUACCUGUCAAAAACAUAGAGCAUUGUAUGGGCUGGAUGUUGUUGGCUCGAAUCAAAACUUGUCGAAAGUAAACAAAGUUCAUUUCAUAUCGUCAACCUGGCGCCCAGGUGGUGAAAUCAACGGGGUGCUUGAGCGAUGCCAAAAAAAUUUUAUUUCCAGAUUAAAUUUUACUAAACUUCCCAGUUUAACUAAGCCGGAAUGCUGGCUGGAUCUAAUUCGUAUUCCGGCUCCGGUGACACAACCGAUUCAAGUUAGAAUGUUUAAGGGGUACCAUUUCGAUGCGGCUUACCCGCAUAACCGAGGCCCGGGCGAGGUGGCCACCGACCCGCCGUCGGAAGCAAGCGAACCUGUGAUCCACUCGUUUGCCCGGCUUACUCAAACAUAGGGGCUAUCCCUAGUUUAAGUCCGACUGAGCGGUAGCGAAGUCGGACAGCACGCGCAAAAUCGAUGUGGCGUAGCCACAUUGGGUGCUGGACACAAAAUAAAAUUGGCAACGCUAACAAAAUGUAAACACAAAUGAACACUCCGGAUGAACCUAUCGUCAAUUGACAUUUCGACGAGUUUUGAUUCGAGCCAAUAAUAUGGGCCCAUUGUAUGAAAAUGUAUAACCUCACUUUUCUGACAGUUCGGUGUGCUUGUUUACCUAAGACUUGUCUACAUGUACUUUAAAAUUUACAUUACUUGAAUACUUUCGAUGCUCUUUGAAAGAAUAUCAACUCAAGAGGGUGGUAUAUGCUGAAUCGUAAGAUCGAGCAUUGGGCUAUAAAACGAUUGCUUUCUGGAUGAUGGAUAAGGAUUUGUACACAUUUGUUUGUUUGCUCGUGGGUUAAGUCCUAACAAGAUGAUCCGAUUGAUUACUCAUUUUUAGGUGGUGAAGUUUACUUGAACUUUAUAGGUAACGAAUUCGGUCAAUGAUAAGUUGUUGAAAUGAUUUUGAUCGUUCAAUACCCAUUUCGAAGAACGUUUCCAUGGGUCAGAAUGCCUACCAGCGUAUGAUAGCUGCAAACAUGAGGACAACAAGGUUAUCACUUUCGAAUGGAACAAUUAUUUAUUAUUCGUGUUCAAGUUCCAUUACAGGAAAAGUUUCGUAGAUUAUCGCAUUGUCGUUGAUUUAGCCGGCAAAUGCAAAAUAGUGCUCGGCACUGACAAUAAGGAGUAAGAAGGAUUUGAUAGGAGUGAUAAUAAUGCAAAGCAUUAUACAUUCUGGAAGAAUAUCAGGGAGGAGAAAUUAUAUGUAAAUUUAUAUUAUAUCCCGAGUUGCCAUCAUUUUGGCACCGCAAUAAAGCUAUCUGCAACUGCUGUCUUGUUCGAAUUGGCACGAAAUAACUAGGCAGCGAAUGAUAAUUUUCAUAGUCAAUUUAUUUACUUUUUCGGAAGGAUAAGUAAUUAGUAUGUUGUGAAUAUAUGUGUCGCCGGUGCCGUGUGUUAUGGUGGUACGGAACGGAACCGUUGGUCAGCAGACAGUCCUUGUCGUACUGGUCAUAGAUGCGACGUUUUUUCUCAUCUGAUAGCACUUGACAUGCUUCAGAGAUCUGUCUUAACGCUCUCUACUUAGCGCAGGAUACGCGAAACCGCUGCUAGCUUUCGAAAGAAAAUUCUUAGCUUCUGCUACUCUAUCAGCCUCUCUCUCGACUGAGGACUACAAUUUCGGUCGAUAAAAUUAUGCUAUGAAAAUUGUACUUCCUGGAAUUUCAUCUAACGAGAUCAAUUCAUUGUGAGGAAUUUCGCUGCGUUCCAAUAUUGCUUGCCUCUGUAGGUGAUAAUGUGUGUGGAUUCACUUCAGCAGCCAGCUCUUGUUUUGGAUAAUUUUGGUAUCUUAUUCUGCUAAAUAAAUCAUCUGCCUAAAGUUUCUACGUUAUACUACGGUCACUUUAAAAAACGCCCUGCUAUUUAAUCUUGUAGCUCUCGGCAAGUCAGUCCUGGCACUCUUCUCGACUAUUCCUGGCACUAUACCGCUGACGUCACACUUAUGACGGUGAUCAAACUUGGCGAGAGCGGCAGUGGUUUCGUCGGAAUUGGUCACUCGACAAGCAGUAAGUGCAAGGACUCUGCUACUUAUGCCUGAGCCCCUCAUUGAAACCUUCGUCCUGCAAGAGUGUUAGCUUCUUCCGAUACCGGAGCGUAUUGCUGAACCGAAGCCGUCUGCUACUGGCUAAAUUCAACCCAAACAUUUGAAACAUUUGAAAAGGGUCUAACUGCCAAACGUAAACCUUGAGAAAAAGGCAAAAGAAGUUUUGGUCGAAUUCAUUAUAAUUCUAUUUAUUUGUGUAUAUUGUUUACAUCAGACACUCCCCUUAAUUCAUUGAGUACGUAUUUCACUGCCUUUAUAAUCCUUUUGGAAUCAGUUACAAUAAUCCUUUAUUAUCAUUUUAUAAUAAGCGUAUUGCUAGUUAGGACUUUUAUAUCAGCCGAGCCCUUUGAUAAUUUGUUAUAAAAUCAUUAUCAAAAUUCUUCAUAAUCCAUUGUUGCGUUAUGUUUAUACACAGGGCCAGAUAGAUAGUUUUUAACUGGAAGGUGACGUGUGGAUACGGAAAAAACCUAAUGUCAAUUGCAGCCAGGGGGAGCUGUCAAAUGCAGCCAAAGGGAACCGUCAAAUGUUGGGUUAUUAACCGUCCUUAUUUUAAAGGACAUGUCCUUAUUUUCGAGGUUUUUGGAAAGCGUCCUUAUUUUACUUCAAAUGUCCUUAAUUUUAGUCUCAAACCUUGGCAUAUACAGGGUGGUUCAACAUGAAGUUUUUAACAGGGCAUUUUCUAGUAGGUAACGGGUACUAACUGCAAACUGUUAUGCUAUUGUAGUUUAGUAUUGUUUGCCAUUUCAUAAUGGAACGACUUACACUGGCUCACCAUCUUCAAAUUAUUCAACUAUAUUACGAAAAUCUGUGGGAAAUAAGUUUAAUACACUCCGACCAUAAUAUGGUCGACAUAAUCGGCCAACUGAUUCAACUAUUCGCCAUACAACCAAAAAGUAAGCGUUGUAGUUCUCGUUAUUGGAUGAUUACCCGAGCAAAUACUCAUGGGUUCAAAUACCACAUAGCCCCUUGAAAAGACCUUAAACAUGGUCCGUGCCAAAAUUCACAACCAUCAAGACACCAUAAAAUGGUCUCAAUAACCAAUAAAUACACCAACCUAUGGUAUUUUAUAUGGGAUCUACCGGACCAUGGUGAUGGUAUUUUCAUGGGUUGAACCCAUUUCAAACACCCAUGCCAAACCCCAUGAGCAUGGGUGUAUUAUGGGCUUUUCGUUUCGGUAGCGAACAAAUCGACCACAUCCAGCACGCAGUGAAGAAAACAUAGCGGCGGUGACAUCCCCAAGCAUUGGAAAUCAAUAUUACUCGAGUAAUUAGCCAGAUACCACUUGAAAUGCUCGAAUCCGUCAUCAAAAAUUGGACCAGUUGAAUGGACUACCUAAAGCGCCAACAUGGUCAACAUUUAAAAGAAAUUGUUUUCAAACAAUUACUGGCAAAAAAUGUUCUUUCGAUUGACAAAUAAACAAUUCGCGAUUUACUCCAUUUUUCAAUUUUUUCACAACAAUAAAAAAAUAUCAUGACGAAUCACCCUGAAUUAAAUUAUUCAGAUCAACUUUAUUCCAAGAGAAUUAAUUUCAAUUCCUUUCAGCGAUUUUUUUUGUUAAUGCAUACUCUCUACGACUCAUGGCAACCAAAAUUUGUUUUACUCAGAAAUAACCAAAAUUAGUUGGAUAGCUCAAUAUGAGGUUUGGCCAAAGUGGUAUCUUCGUUCAAGAUUGGUACUACACCAUUCUAAUUUGUCUCGAUUGAGAUUCAACGUUCCAAUUCAACUGUUGGAAAAUGAGACAGAAUUCUGGCUCAAGUGACAUAACUGGCAUAAAAUUUGUCCUUAAUUUGCUCUCAGUCCAUUUGGUAACGCUAGUCAAAUGUAGCCAGUCCAUUUAAAAUAUGUGAGGAAGAAAGAGUGGCUAUGCAAGACAAGAGAUCAAAUAAACAGAAAAAAAGAAAAAGAAAACAUCUAUCCACAGGUUUUGUCCCAGGAUUUUAAUAGAGAACAUGAAAAUUCGAUUUGUUUGCAUUUGGCAGUAGGCCUUUUUCAAAUGCUUGGCUAAAAAUUCCUUACUUCUUCAAUGAAUCAUGUACAAGAAAAGUAAAAAUGUUAAAUUUAUCGAAACAAUGUAUGAUGCCGACUUCAAAUAAAAAAUUACAGCUGAGCGACCUUGUUUGGAAAGUGUUAACAUUUGGCAGCGAACCAAACCAAGUUUCUCAUACUAUGAUCGAAUUAACAAAAAUUCCAAGACCAUGUAAACAAUCUCUCUGAACUGUCAAAAAAGUGAGGUUAAACAUUAUCAUGCAAUGUUCUCCACCGAGAGGUUCACUUUAGUUUGUUUACAUAACCAAUGAACUUUGUACCGCCACUCACCUAGGGUAGGAUCCGCCAGGUCUGUCCCCUGUUUUUGAACCAAUUCUGAACCAGCUCGUGAUUGGACAAAAGUGACAUUGGCAAACGUUCGACUUGGAAACUAAAACUACUAAAGGGCUGCUUGGAAGUGUUGUCGUAUUGUGAUAUAAAACGUAAAACGACGUUUGUUUACCGUUUUGUUUUUUUUUUUGUUUUCUUGAGAUUCCGCUUUCUUUCCAUAACGUCCGUCUGUAAUUAUGAAGUGCAAGGCAUUUUCUGGCAGACGAAUUCAAACAUAUUAUCCAGAACUGAAGUUCUACAGGUUUCCGAGAGAUCCGGUAGCGCGGUGUGCGGAUUAAUGCGGAAAUGUCUCUUUUCGAAGUCUAACCGAGUAACUGACUAUUUAGCCGAAAUAUGAAAAUUAUUUCAACUUCAUGUAAAAAUUGGCUUUGUUCCAGCGCCGAGUAAAUUGGGAGUAUUGUCUAUCGCGAGAUAAUAUAGCAUUUCGUCGAGUUGUUGCUAUAUGGGAUACACACGACUGCGGUCGAAACAAAAACAAACGUCAAAAUGCUUUCUCACUCGCACUGAUGCAAACUAGAUGGGCGCGUAAUUCAACGCACGGCCCGGUGGCGCAUGGCUGAAAAGUCGCAAUGUGGAUUUAAGAAAAGAUUCGCAAUACUUUGGGCAAACAGUGAGAAAGUUAUCCUGGAAAUCGCUUGUUGUUCUUCUUUUAGUAUUAUCGAUACAGUUGAAUUUUACAGUUUUCAACUGCAUCAAUCAUCGGUGUAAAUAGGAGCGUGUUAUUUUCUACUGCUAUUUUCUCCGAAAAAAUCACACGAAGUACUGGAACAAACCUAAACACCUAUACAAACUACACAAAAAUUAAGCCUUGCAAAAAAGUAGUUUUAGAAUAUUUAAACCAAAUGCGAACAGAGAAGAUUGAUCUUGUGAAUGAGGUUGCUCGACUCAGAAAGCAACUUACAAAAAUGAAGAGAAUGGAAAUAUUUUUCGUAAUGGCCAACAACAAAUAUAUAUUAUUUUGCUUUGCUGUAUGUCGAUGGAAGACCCGUAGUGAUCAUUUAAAUGCGGAUAUAAAGACUAAAUAAUUGAUUUUUCCCGGAACGUGAAAUUGAUACAUAAUAUAGAAUAUUUUAAUCAGAACAAUUUAAGUUUUGGACACGACUGUAACAAAACAAAUAUUUUGGCAACAUUUGGUCGAGUGGGGGUAUGUCGUUUUCAGCAGGGAUUAGCAAAAUAUAAGAAGAAGCCAGCUGGCGGAUCCUAUUAAGUUCUACAAGAUGACGACACGAAUGAACUCAUGAUGAAUGAAGUUCAUGUUUGACAAUUCUCGGUGGUUUGUUUACUUUGUCAGUUGCGUGAGUUCGAGUGCAACGGGUGCUCAUCUGUCACAUUCGAACUCACGUAACUCCCAUGUAAACAAACCACAAAGAGUUGUCAAACGAAGUUCAUCCAGCUCAUUUUGUGGGGUUAUGUCGGUUGAUGUAAAACCUAAUCCUAGCCACUCACACCUUCAUUUGACGCGUUGCCAGGAACUCAAGCAAAAAUAUACAAAACAGUGUUGCCCAAACACACAUUUUGAGUCCCACCAUUCUUGCAAAGGUAAAAAAAAUACUCAACAUUCUUGCAUUUUUCAAAUUUAAAAAAUCCAUUAAAAAAUCACGAUAGCUCCAAAUAGUCUCAUUUCAACGAUAAUAUUCUUAAAAAUGUGUAGUCUUUUGAAUAAAAAUAAGAGAAAAGGGGGUUAGGUCGGACGAGAAUGGUCUAUUUCGGGAUACUGAGAGGCAACGCAAUUUCCAUAUUUAAUUUUUUUCGCUCUUAAAACCGAUAAUCUCGUGUUCAACGGUGAUAGCGAGGUUCAUUUUCUCUCUUUAUCAUGCCAUGAGUGAAAAAAAGCCAUGCCAACAUAACAAGAGAUAAACAGAAACCAAUCUGGCAACCAAACAAACACACAUCGCAAAACGAAAUAUUCGUUUUUUUCCCACACUGUGUGAUACAGUUGACACAAUGCAAACUUUCCUGUACGAAAAGGCGAGCAAAAUUCAUUCUAGCGAUACGGUGAGCCAACACGGGUUAAAUUUAUGUCCUCCUCGCUCACCAAAACCGACACCGCUUGUUCAGAUGGAGUUGUGGUAGCUCAAGUGCUUGUGCGGAACAAAAAGGAGAUAAAAAAUACUUAUGCUGUUUUCGGUUUUAGAAUCGAGUCGCCCUAGGUUCGCUCUAAUGUUUAUAGUUUCCAUACAAAAGUGACAGCUCCGAGCGAACCUAGAGCAACUCUGAUUUAAAAACGAAAUCAGUAUUAAUUUCCUUCAUCUUUAGCAAACCUCGUGAAAACAAUAAUCUAAUGGAAACCAUGCCGACCACCAACAAGGAACAAGAAAACAUCCAUAGCAAAUGCAGACUGAACUAUAAAUUCAUGCUUUCGUUUUAUAUUUCAUGAUCCUCUCUGGGGCAAUACAUAGUCAUAUUUCGAAUUCUCUCUCAGAAGACUUACUCGUAGGAAUGCCCUCCCGGGGGCAGUACGUAGUCAUAUUCCAAAUGCCCUCUCGUAGGCAUGCCCUUGCUCGUAGACAUGCCCUCUCGGGGACAGUACUUCAGUACCCUCUCAGGGGCAAUGCUUCAAUUUCCCUCUCAGGGGGAUAACAAUUGCAAUACCCUCUCGGGGGCAAUACUCACAAUGCCCUCUCAGAGGAUUGUAUUUCAGGUACCUUCUCGAGGGAAAUUUUCCUUUCACAUACUUACUUAUUUACCGAACUGCGCCAUUGUCGUGUCCGGACGUCCCAGAUGCUGAACUUACUCGUUCAAAGUGCAUGCUCUCUUGGGGGCAGUACUUCAGUACCCUCUCAGGGGCCAUGCUUCAAUUUCCCUCUCAGGGGGAUAACAAUUGCAAUACCCUCUCGGGGGCAAUACUCACAAUGCCCUCUCAGAGGAUUGUAUUUCAGGUAUCCUCUCGAGGGAAAUUUUCCUUUCACAUACUUACUUAUUUACCGAUCUGCGCCAUUGUCGUGUCGGGACGUCCCAGAUGCUGAACUUACUCGUUCAAAGUCAAUCACACAACUGACGAGCUUUAUUCACCUCGCUUCAUUCUAUCUGUGUCCGACCUAUUCUCUCCACUCAUUCAGUUUAAACUUUAUUUUCGAUCUCUCAUUCUCUCCCUCUCAAUCUCUGCUUUCAUUUUAUUUAUGUAUCAUUUAUAUAUUUUCUGUCGCGCUCUGUCUCAAUCCCUACAACCAUCUCCGAGGAAAACCAAUACAACGUCAUCUAUAGCAUACCCAGUUUCAAUUGCAACGCAUGCUACUUAGGAAUGACAACAAAUAGGUUAAAAACAAGAAUCAACGGAUACAAAAAAACUCUACAAUGCGUGGGACAAACUUCUUUCUCAAGGCACCAGCAACACCGAUCCGAUAACAUCAAGACAAAGGACAGCACUUAUGGACCACAGCAUUGCGUUUGAUCACAGGUUCGAUUUAAAACGAAGCAAGAUUGUAGACAGCCACAACAGAAAACAGUCACUAGCAUAUCUUGAAGUUUGCCACAUUAUUUUCACCGAAAAUAGCAUAAACAAACGAACCGACACACAGGGACUAAGUACUAUAUACGCAGGAAUUAUUCACACAUUAAAAAACUCAAAUCAACAAACACAAUCCCGAUAGACAAGAAAAAUGCUAUAAAAACUUGAAACACAAACACCAAUGUGACAAAACUAUGUCACAUUGGUGUUUGUGUUUCAAGUGAGUGUGUGAUGGUCAACAGUAGCAAGUGAGUUGUUCGUGGUCGCAAUUCGAUUGGAUUUUUAACCAUGUAAAGUGCACCCAUGCUACGAUAGUUAACGACAUAGUGUUUUCUCGCUCGAGCACCUAUUUACGGAACAUAGUUGAUUAUUCCAUCCUACCACCGGUGAUGUGAAAUUAUCGUUUUGUUUUACUGAUUUUGUCUUCGGUAUUGACGCUGUGCUGAGUUCAUCAUUCCACCAUUGUGUAACAAACCAUCUUAAUCACUCACUUGAAUGAACACCAACAGAGCUCUCACUCGUGCUGCUCUGACAAAAAUGGGUAAAGAUAGUAAGGAUAAACAAAUGCUUGCUGUGCCAGUGGGAUCCACCAGUGGCGAAAAUCAAAACAAAAAACGAUCACGAGAGGAUUUGGACCGAACCGACGACGAUGUUGAAAGUUUUGAUCAGCUGUUAAUUCGUAUCACGCAGAUGAUUGAUGAUGGAAAUGCGAAGAUUGAGAGGAAGAUCGAUUGCAGUAAUGCGGCUCUCGUCAGUGAAAUAUCAACCCUGCGUCAGGAGGUGAAUCAACAAGAUCGACUACGCUCGGGAUUUCAGCGGAUUGAGUGAAUCUCACGUGAAAACAACAGAGGAAGUGCGCCGGCAUAGAGAUACGGCUGGUAAACUGCUGAAAUCGAAUGAUCUCAUUCUCACAGGUGUACCCUAUAGCCCUACGGAAAAAACAGAUGAUUUCCUACAAAAAAUAUGUACAACUCUUGGGUUUAUACUAAACGUCUGGCUCGAGUUCCUAUUGCCGCCGGUGCAACACCGCCAAUCCUAUUUCAAUUUGCGUUCAAAGCGGCGAAAGAUGAAUUCUUUCAUCGUUAUUUCGCUACGAAGAAAUUGAGCUUGCUUCAUCUUGGCUUUGGUGUUGAUAAGCGCAUUUAUUUUAAUGAAAAUCUUACCGAAGCUGCACGAAACAUCAAGGGAGCUGCACUGAAAUUGAAGCGUAGUGGUCAUCUUCAGAACGUGUUUUCCAAGGACGGAACUAUCUACGUGAAACCGCUCGAAGACAUUCCGGCUCAACCUAUCUUCGAUUUGGACCAGUUAGCAAAUUUUGGUGGCCGAAAAUAAACCCUUCCUUGAAAUUUCUUAUUUUCCUACCAACAAUAUUUCCAUCAUUCCAUCCCUACUUCAUCCCAUGUUAUCUUCCUUCCUGAAAGUUAAAACGAUGUUACGCAGAAAGUGCUCUACGAUCCAUUAGGACGUUGCUGUGGUCGCUGUUGUUGCUGUUGCUGUUGUUGCUGUUGCUGUUGUUGCUGCUUUCACCAAUCAAUAUCACCGAUAUCGUUGUGCUUUAGCUAUAAUUUUCAAUUGAAUUUGCGAUCCAAAAGCCACAUUCUAGGUAGAAAAAUUAGAAUAAUGAUGAUUUCAAAUGUUAGUGAUAUACAUGUUACCCUAUUCAUAGAUUUAGCGUUCUCUUCUCUCCUGUUCUCCUUUCAGCUCGGCCGGCUUAUAUAUUUACGAUUGAUCUUGUUUCUACCAUUCGAUGAUGUUGGUUAAUCAUUUUAAUGAUAAUGCACGUGCGCAAAGAAGUGUUGUUAAUAUUCCACGUGUGGUUAUGAAUGUUGCUUUACGUGAUGAUUGUAUUAAUCUGUGUCAUAUAAAUGCACAAAGUCUGUGUGCUCGACGUUUAAGCAAGCUCGAUGAAUUCAAAAUUUGUUUCACGAACAGUAAAGUUGACAUAGUAUGCAUAACGGAAUCAUGGUUAAACGAAAACAUAAGCGAUGCAACAGUUGCCGUUGAUGGUUACUGCAUUCUAAGAAACGAUCGUACUACCGGUCGCGGUGAAGGAAUCUGCAUUUAUCAUAGGUUUGUUCUGGAUUGCAAAGUAAUUGCUGGUUCUGGAAAUCAUGCGGGUCAGGGUGAUGGUGACCGAACUGAAUAUUUAUUUAUUGAAGUUCGUGUGAAUAACGAUAAAUUUCUUCUAGGUGUAGUCUAUUCUCCUCCAGAGAUCGAUUGCUCUAAUAUCCUUGAUCAGAAACUCUCCGAAUUGUCACUUGAUUAUGAAAAGAUUGUUGUGACAGGUGAUUUUAAGACAAAUUUGAAAAAAGUUAGCACCAAAACUGCUCGUCUCUGUGAAGUUCUAGAUAAUUUUGGCUUAUUUUGCAUUAACAAUGAACCUACCCACUUUUAUCCCGGUGGAAGUUCAUUAUUAGACCUAUUGAUAACAAAUGACAUAAACUUUGUUCUCAAUUUUAACCAAGUGUCAGCCCCUGGUUUCUCCCAUCAUGAUAUGAUUUUUGCAUCUCUCAAUAUAACUCGCAACAGUAACAACCGUUCUAACAUGUAUAGAGACUAUAAUCGAAUCAAUUUUCUGGCAUUACAAGACGCCUUGAAUGUUAUAAAUUGGUCUUUACUUUAUAGUAUAACCGAUUCUGAUUUAGCUCUCGAUUUCUUCAAUAGUCAUAUUGUUCAGCUCUAUGAUAGCUUCGUACCAUUGCGAGCUCUUCGACCUAAAUCCAAUGCUCCAUGAUUCAAUAACGAAAUCUUGAAUGCAAUGAUUGCCAGAGAUACUGCAUAUCGCCUAUGGACUUCUAGUAAAAGAAUUGUUGACCGGGUCCAGUUCAAAAGACUUCGUAAUAAAGUAACUCAACUCGUUAAUAAAGCUAAAUCGAACUAUAUGACCUCUAACUUAGAAUCAUCUAAUUCAAGUAAAGAGCUUUGGAUGAAACUCAAAAAUCUAAACGUUACUGGUGGCACGAAGAACUGUGCAAAGUUCGAUAACACUGCAGACGAAAUUAACGUAUUUUUUGGUGACAACUUUACACAAGAUCCUGAACCUGAAUCUAUACCACCAUCAAAUUCUAAUGGUUUUCUAUUCACGCCGUGCAAUGAGCUGGAAGUCUCUAAUGCUAUUUUUUCGAUAACUUCAAAUGCCAUCGGUAUGGAUAAUAUCCCACUAAGGUUUAUAAAGGUCAUUUUACCGUAUAUCCUCACCCCAAUAACGUACCUUUUCAAUUUAUUCAUUUCAACUGCUAAAUUUCCUCGAGCAUGGAAGACCGCUAAAAUAAUUCCGAUACGAAAAACACCUGCCGGAUCUAGCUUGAAUAAUCUCCGUCCAAUCAGCAUUUUAUGUUCACUGUCCAAAGCAUUUCAAGUUUGAAACUCAAGUGCAAGCCUAUAUUCAACGGUUUAAUCUCCUCAGUCCGUACCAGUCUGGCUUCAGAUCUGGACACAGUACCACCUCGGCGCUUCUUAAAGUACAUGAUGAUAUACACCAGUGUAUCGACAAAAAAGGUGUUGCCUUUUUGCUUUUGAUAGAUUUCUCUAAAGCUUUUGAUAGAGUAUCUCACGUCAAAUUGCUUCGGAAACUAUCAUAUCAGUUUGGUUUCAGUCGUGAUGCUGUUUCUCUCAUCAAGUCAUAUUUGAAUUCACGUACACAAGCAGUAGAAAUAGGUGGAAGCCUAUCAAGUCCAAUUAAUAUUUCAUCAGGCAUACCUCAGGGAUCCGUUCUAGGACCGCUCUUAUUCGCGUUGUUCAUAAACGAUUUGCCUUCAGUUCUAAAAUUCUGCUUAAUUCAUAUGUUCGCAGAUGAUGUACAACUGUACAUUUGCUCAACUGAUUCCAACUUAGAGGACUUAGCCACACUUAUCAAUUCGGAUUUAAAAAACAUUUUGGAGUGGUUCUCGAGUAAUCUGCUUCCCAUUAAUUCGUCGAAAACUAAAGUCAUGUGUAUUUCCAGAAGGCAGAUUCGUACCGUGUUACCAGAUAUAAUUAUCCACAAUGAAAAAAUAGAAUACGUUGCCAAAGCUCGCAAUCUAGCUGUGAUAUUCCAAUCGAACCUUGAAUGGGACUCUCAAAUAAAUGUUCAGUGUGGGCGCAUCUAUGCAGGAUUGCGACACUUGAGACUUUCAGCGGGAAUGCUUCAUGUUUCUACGAAACUUAAGCUGUUUGAAUCACUUCUGUUACCCUAUUUUUCUUAUGGUUUGAAAUUGAUUUUGAAUGCUUCAGCUGCUUCUUAUAAUCGAUUAAGAGUAUCAUUGAACCAUUGUGUUCGAUGGGUUUACAAUCUAUCUAGAUUUGCUAGCGUAACCCACUUACAGCGGCAACUGUUGGGAUGUUCUUUUUAUAGCUUUUUCCAAUAUCGAUGCUAUGUCACUUUAUAUAAUAUUAUACACAAUGGUCCAAACUACCUCCUUGACAAGUUGCAACCUUUUAGAAGCACUAGAGUCCGCCACUUUGCUCUUAUACCUCAUAACUCUUCUCAUUACAACGGCACUUUUUUCGUUCGUCCAGUGGAAUCUGCUUCCAAUCCGAGUAAAAUCUCUCAAUUCAAUAGCAAGAUUCCGUCGUGAAUGUAUGGCCUGGCUAAAUGAAGGGAACUAACUCGAGUGAAAUGAGCGACAAAUAGUGGAAUAAGGUUCACAUGUCUGUUUUUAGUUUAUAGUUUACAAAUAUUUUUUUUAUUUAAUAUGAAAAAGUUUGUGGUGUGAGCAACGUGUAAACCGAUUGUAGAAAUUUUAUAAGGGUGAUCCCUUACUCUGCAAGUAUAAUGAAAUACAAAUACAAACUAGCAGAAAGAGAUUAGGCAAACAGAUAGACAGGGAAUUUUUUAAACCGUAUACCAGCAGACUAACAAUUCGAUGCAAAAAAAGAAAAUACAAUCGACCGCAAAAAUAUCGACACACUUGCACAUUUUUCAGACGCCAUUACAUUUUUACCUAGACGAUUUGAUGUUAGAGAUACACACACACACACACUUAAAAGCAAAACGAAAUAGCCUCUGUAAGUCUAACACACAGAAAAAACUCCCUAACGCAAAAUGAAACAAAAACCGAAAAUUAUAUAAAAAUAAAAUUAAUGUUAGAUUCCUUGAAAAAAGGUGGAAUAAACCACCGAAACGUCGGAGUUGAAACGAUUCAUCGUUUUUGCUGCUACCAUAGACUGAAUAUCCGAAAAAACCCCAUUCAUAUGGUCCUAAUAAGAUUAUGUAAAUAAUGAAGCAUUUGAAAAUUUUUAGUAGAAGUGACGAAAGGUUAUCGAAAAGUUUCGUGAAAAAGAAAAUUCCAGUAAUGAUAAUGAUUAUCCCUAACGGGUUUCGAGAGUUUUUUAUUUGUUCUUUGGCAUUAGGAUUAGGGAUAAUAAUUCAGAUCAAAGAUACUAGUGGGAAGUCAUUUUUAGAAAGUCGAUAUCGAAGUAAAGUUUGAACUAUGCACGCAUGUACUUCAGAGGUAGCAAGAUAUCAAGAGCUGAAAUUUCAGUGCUUAGUUCUCAGCCGCGUUAGGAAUUUGAGUAAACGCUAUUGAGUAUGAACUUGAAAUCCAGUCGAAAAUUUGUUUCUCGAAUUUUUUGAAUCAGCACAACAUAUAUAACCCCUUAAGGAAAAUUCAGUUUUCCCUACACAAUGCAUUCAUUGAAGAACUUAUAUAUGUUAUUAACGGAGCAUUAGCAAUAAUUCGUUUGUAUUUCUAUUUUAUGGGCCAUUUUUCCACUUUUCCAUUAAAUUAUAUCAACUAGUACAUAAAAAUGGAUAGGCCGCUAUUUUUAAACAAAAAUAUUCACUAAAUAAUGAUAAUACAUAUAGUUGAGAUCAAUUAUAUUGUCUAUUUAUUGAUGUAGAUUUCUAUUUUAUAUUCUUCUUAAUGAAAGUUAACGAUGAAACGUCCACUUGUUCAAUAAUGAAAAAAUAAAUAGAAUCGGACAACAAACCAUUGAGAUAUUACCUUUUGAAAUAAACAAUCCAACUUUUAUCCAUUUUUUUUUAAUUUACGCAUUAUAUUUAACAUUUGGUAGGCAACCCUAUUUUCAUAUUUUUUCAGUGCACCAUAUAAAUAACACUUUUUGAACAUUAUAUUUAUGUAAUUAAAUGGUAAGGUUUUCCUUUAAAAACCGCGACACUUAUAAACGAUCUAAAUAGUCAAUGGACAAACAUGGAUUUACGCUUGAAGUCUAGUAGAAAACCCAUCUAUGACCGCAUACCACAUCCGAACCGUUAUAAAUUUCGAUUCCGUCAAUGAAAUAUUUUCAAACUUGCAGGGGAUAUACAUGAUUACUAUAUCUUUCAAAUGCCCUGUCCUAAAAAAGUAGACAAAUAUUUUUUGUUUAUAGAGAUAGGACCAAACCCGUGGGUGUUUGAUGGUGCCUUAUGAAACGUGUCAUAAAACUUCAAAUUGCAAUUUCUCUCGAAUCUCUCGACGGAUCAUUUUGAAAUUCACUGAGAAGAUGCUUGGAUAUUGUAUCUUUCGAAUGCCGUUUGACAAAUUUAUGGUCAUUUUUUUGUUAAUAACGGUUUUAGGAACACCGUGGGGGAGUAAAGGAAAAUUUCAAAAUCGAAUUUGCAUUUUUGAUGCCAAAUGACAUUAAAAUGCAUAAAACGUUGAGAUUUGAUGAAAUCUCGAAAAAAAAAUUUUUGACAAAAAUUGACUUUUUUGGACUUUGGCAUAUUUUUGUCUUUCUCAUAUAGAAAGGUUAUGCAAUCGCUCUAAAAAUCGUCAAACUAAUCCCGGCCCACAGGGCCGCGUGUCAUAUGCCAUUCGACUGAGUUCGUCGAGAUCAAAAAAUGUCUGUGUGUGUUUGUGUGUGUAUGUGGUAAAAAAUAUCACCUCUGUUUCUCAGAGAUGACUGGACCGAUUUGAUUUGAUUGCACUUCUGGUUCCGAAGUUACGGGUUGAUAAGUGCGUCCUCACAGCGAAUUCCCAUAUAAACUGAAAUGAAAAAUUCUCAAAGGGGGGAGUAAGGGAAAAUUUCAAAAUCGAAUUUGCAUUUUUGAUGCCAAGUGACUUUAAAAUACACAAAACGUUGAGAUUUGAUGCCAUUUCGAAAUUUUUUUUUGACGAAUAUGGACUUUUUGGACUUUGGCAUAUUUUUGCCUUUCUCAUAUAGAAAGGUUAUGCAAUUACUCUAAAAAUCCCUAUUUUUGAGGAGUUGCUACUUUAAAAUUAAAACUAGUUUAAAAUUUCUUAACAAGUUGAAAAUUUCCGGCAGGGUCCGGACCCCUCGAAUUUUCCUCCUUUAUCCGCCGCUGGUUUCAAGCGAUGUUUCAGUGUCGACACAUAGUAUCUCGAGAUCUUGGCUGUCGAUCCAUUGUAUGUAUGUAUGUAAUCGUACUGAAUAUGUAAUAUACAUUUCCAUCAUUGCAUUGAACACAACCAGCCAUGAAAUGAGAAUGGCACAAUUGCAUCACUAGGUGGAUUAAAACAGGUUUUUAGUUAUGAUGAUGCCCUAUCAUGUAUUUUCAAGUAUUCAAAAAAAUUCAACAUUAUUCGGAAUUUUGUCCAAAAAUCUGUGAACUUUUUUGUGCUUUUACAAUACUAGUAAUGAUACAUCUGUUAUAUUCCAAUUUUUACAUUGAAUAGAACGAGAGUAUUUUUUUUUUGUAUAGGCUAAAAUGAAACUAGGUUCAGUAGGGUGAAUAAUUAUGUUUGCGCCUUUCGAUUAUCUACUACUAUUUCCAACAGUACAGUCUCCCAAAAAGAAAAAGGCAAGUAUUUUUGUAACGAAUUUGAUGAUCUAUUACAUAAAUAAUAUAACAUGCAAAUAAAAAUGUUCUUUUGAAGGAUUUUUUAAAAGCACAACACAACACAAAUACUGAUGGUAGUGCAUAGACUUUUUUAUAUACUGUAGGUAUGAAUCUGAACAAAAAGUAGAUACAGAGCACUAGAUUAGGAUUUUCGCAGGCUUCAGUGUUAGGAUUUGUUAGGAUUGUUUUGAUUCUAGUAUAUACCUGUUAAGCGGAUGGGCAUAGCGUAGUUGGUAAAUCAAUUGCCUUGUACGCAGCUCACAUGGGUUCAAUAUCCAACCCCGCACAUAGAGUUAGAGAUUUUUCUCAGAAAGAGGCGAAUAACCCUAAGGUUAAAACCUCUAUAUUCAAAAUUUAAAAAUAAUAUCUGUCAAAUUGGCCAAAAAACGCAAGAAAAAAUCCUGUAUCUUCGUUUCAUAGCGACUAAUCAUUUAAGUUUCAUUUUGCCAGCAAAACAAUUCUCGGCUUAUGUAUUCUCACUAAUUAAAAAGCACAGAUUGUCUAACCUGUACUGAAUUUUUAAAAUUUUUCAUUUCCUUGUGUGGUACAUAUAUACAAACUCUUUCAUUUUAUAACAAUAACAGUCGAAGAUGUCCACCGAUUACAUUUGCUAUAUUGAAUCUAUUGAUUUCACACAUGAUUUUUUGCAAUUUGUAGCAGUACAUAAAAUUAUCCGUCGCACAUAAAUAUCAAUACUUCAAAAUUAUAAUAGCAUACCAUAUAGAUCUUUGUUUUGUGGCAGAUUUCACAUCAUUUUUCUGUCUACCUCUCGUUUCUUCUGCUGAAAACUUUAUGUAUUGGACAUUUUCGGUCUUGACUACAUAAAAAUCACAGUAGAAUAAAAAGGACGGAAAUGAAAAAUAUUCAAGCUCUGAUUUUUGUGUACCAAAGUCUUUUACUGGAGAGACGCUCGGUACCUUGACAGAUAUAUACCGAAAACAAAAAAAAGCAUGCUUCGAAGUGAAAACAAUGGGAACACCAGUGACAACCCUAAUAUAGUGUUCUGUAUCUACUGUACUGAACGAAUUUUUUUUAAAGCAUUGUGAUAAAGUGAAUAGUGCAUUUUUCUAAGUAUAAAUAUUUCCAGUCCUUGUUAAUAAGAAACUAGUGAUCAAGUUUUAAACAGUUAAUGGUUACCACAAUUUAUCUUGAAUCACUUAAAUUUAGAAAGGUCCAAGCGUAUAAUAGGUAAAUCCAUUUUUCUCUGAAUUCCCUAGAUUUUUAAUACUUACAAAAGAUUAGAAUUUUUCACCGCUCAACAGUUUACAGAAUGAAGAAGUCAUUAAAUAUUAUAUGCAAUCAUCAUUAUAUGCAACUAGACCAAGGAACAAAAAAGCAUGUUACAGAAUUCAAUGAAGUAAAUAUCUUAGAAACGAUCAAUUAUUGCAUUCAAACCUGUAACUUUUACACGCAAUACAAAACAAACAUUUACACUAGAACGCAAACUCUUCGACAGAUGUGAACCACUUUGUUACUAUUUUGAUUAAAAUGUUGAUACGCAAAUAAUUAAAUAAAAUAUUUUCCUUCUAUUAAUA